GGAAGCCGCAGCGAGGCGUCGGCACAGCGGGGCGUGCCGCGUCGCGUGCGCAUCGCCGUCGCACCCCACCCCACACGGAAUCGACCAUCCAUCCGUCCGUCGACGCGAAACAAGACAAAGACAAAACAAAUCCGUCCCGAUCGGUCGACCGAUCCCCUCCCACUCCUCUUCCCCUCUCCUCGGGCAGCCCAGUCGUCGUCGCCACCGAGGACCAGGCACCAGACGCGGGCGGGGAGCUCGAGGCGGCCUGCGGGACAUCAGCGGCAUCGGCGGCGAGGAAGGGCAGGGCCAGCAGCGAUGGGGUUCGUCUCCUUCGUCGGGAGGGUGCUCUUCGCCUCCGUCUUCCUCCUCUCCGCCUACCAAGAGUUCAGUGAGUUUGGAACGGAUGGAGGACCAGCAGCAAAGUCUCUGAAGCCCAAGUUCAACCUGUUUGUCAAGCAGGUGUCCGCCGGCAUUGGGAUGGCGGUGCCACACAUUGACAUCAAGUCUGUCAUUGCCUUCACCAUGUUUCUUAAAGCCUUUGGUGGUCUCCUUUUCAUCAUCAGCAGCUCGUUCGGAGCGCUCGUACUGCAUCUGACAGUGGAAUGCUUUAACACUCACCUUCCUGAAAGAUUCCAAUGGCAGCUUGUUUACCUGGCAUUCAUAACCCCUGUCGUGUACGACUUCUACAACUACGAGAUGGAAUCCCAGCAAUUCGCCAAGCUCUUCACCAUGUUUUCACAGAAAACAGUAAGGAAAAUCCUUACCGCAUGUUGUUUUCGUUAUAAUGAAUUCAGAGAGAUGUGUUACAUGUGCAUGAAAGACCACUUGAAAAACGAUUACCUCAAGACGGUGGUGCCGUCGCAGCUCCUGGCCGAGCGCGGCUCCAACCUCGUCGUCAUCAACCCAGGCUCUAUGAACGUGCGCAUGGGGUUCGCUAGCCAGGACGUGCCGUUCAAUAUACCGCACUGCAUUGCCCGGCACAAGAACGAUGCACCGAAGCUGUCGGUGCGAGACCAGAUUGCUUCAAUGCUCAAAAUCCCAUUUUUGGGUGAAGUAUCACCUUCAGAGAACCAACCAUUACCUCCUAAGAUGGGACGUCUUGAUGGUCUUUCUUCACAGCAAAACAAAGAUGAUAGUAUACUCACAUGGACAGAUGUGAUGGAUAAAAGCAUCAAAACAUCCACGUCAAUUGAAAGGUCAGUAAACAGUGAUGCCGAUGAAGAUCCUUCACAAAGCACAUCCGAUGAUGGUAACAAGCCCAACUCUGAAGAAAACAAGUAUAAGGAAAUGAUAUUUGGAGAGGAUGCUUUGAAAAUCCCUCCUUCUGCACCAUACUAUUUGGGUCGCCCGAUCAGGAGAGGCCAUUUUAAUAUUUCUCAGAAUUAUUCAUUACAUCAGGUUUUAGAAGAUUUGCGCACUAUUUGGAACUGGAUGCUGACGGAGAAGUUGCAUAUCAACCCAAAGGACAGACAUCUAUAUUCUGCAAUUCUUGUUCUUGGGGAAACAUUUGACAACCGAGAAAUGAAGGAGAUGCUGUCCAUUGUACUUUGCGAUUUGGGGUUUAGCACGGCAGUGGUACAUCAGGAAGCUCUAGCUGCGGCAUUUGGGAAUGGUUUGUCGACAGCUUGUGUGGUCAACAUUGGUGCUCAAGUUACACAAGUAGUUUGUGUUGAGGAUGGAGUAGCUUUGCCCCACACAGCUUUGGCGCUUCCAUAUGGUGGAGAUGACAUAUCCAGAUGCCUACUUUGGGUUCAACAACGUCAUCGCACAUGGCCAAACUUCAAAACCGAUCCCAUGAAGAAGCCUAUAGAUAUGCUAAUGCUCAGCAAGAUAAAAGAGGGAUAUAGCCAGAUAAGAAGCGGGAGUUAUGAUGCUGUUUCUGUUGUUCAUUCAUAUGAGCAUGAAAAGUCUGUUGGGCAUCAGAAGACAAGGCUGUCAGCUCUCAGUGUUCCUCCUAUGGGGCUUCUUUAUCCCCGGCUUCUCAUUCCAGAAGAGUUCCCUCCACCUCCCCGACCUUGGUUCCAAGAUUGUGAUGACAUGCUGGAAGAUACUUGGCAAACAAACGAUGGUCUUUCUGGAAAUGGUGGGCUUGGUGCAUGGGACAGUUAUCAAAUGCUUCCCACUAGAGUAAAGAAGUUUGAUAAUAUCGGCCUCGUAGAAGCCAUUGUCAGCAGUGUUCUUUCAACAGGACGUGUUGACCUCCAAAGGAAGCUAUUCUGUAGUAUUCAGCUGGUUGGUGGCGCAGCUUCAACAACAGGUCUUGCACCAGUUCUCGAACAAAGGGUUCUUAAUACUAUUCCAUCGAAUCAACCUGUUGAGAAGGUUGAGGUAUUACAGUCAAGGAGGAAUCCAUUGUUUAUCCCAUGGAAAGGUGGAGUGAUUUUGGGCGUCCUUGAUACUACCCGUGAUGCUUGGAUCCAUAGAGAAGAUUGGAUUAAAAAUGGCAUUCACGUUGGGAGUGGCAGAAAAUAUAAGGAUUCCUAUUUUCUUCAGUCGCAGCUGAUGUGUUACUACAAUUCAUAACAGGUCUGCGUAGGCGUCGACUAUAUUGGGCUGCAAUUGCCGGUAUAAUCACGGAUAGUUGAGCAACGCGGAACUUCAUCCUUGGCGAAGCUGUGAAGGGACAUGGAGAAGAGAUUUAGAUGACAAAGGUCCGUCUAAUGUCCCUUUGAUUCAGAACUAGAAAAGGGCUAGUAAAAUACAUGGAGAAGAGAUUCAGAGAUUUAGGGGUGGCAUGUAAACACAUUCUCUAUUUUCAGGAUGAUUUACCACUACCUGUAACUUGUAAAUUAGUAAAAUACAAAGCCUCGUCAAGCCAGAUUAUCUAACAGCAGUAGACUUUUCAGCCAGAUUAAUUAUUUGUUGUGAAAAGGCAAAUAUGUGUAGCAGUUUAGUUAA